AGAGCUCAGUCUGCAUCUAUCACAGAGAGGAGGCCUGUGUGGUGUGGGCUGGGCCAGGAGCAAGGAGAGGCCUUCCUCCCUUUGUGCUCCCCCCGCCCCCCCCAGCCCUAUAAAGAGGCCCAGCCCAGGCUGUGGCUCAGCCCUCGGAGGGACUCGAGCACCAGGCAGCGAGCAGUCUCAAGCCAAGCCCCCAGCUAACAUGGCCAGCGAGUUCAAGAAGAAGAUCUUCUGGAGGGCCGUGGUGGCCGAGUUCCUGGCCAUGACCCUCUUUGUCUUCAUCAGUAUCGGCACUGCCCUGGGCUUCAACUACCCACUGAGGGUAAAUCAGACAGCGGUGCAGGACAACGUGAAGGUGUCGCUGGCCUUCGGGCUGAGCAUUGCCACAUUGGCCCAGAGCGUGGGCCACAUCAGCGGCGCCCACCUCAACCCAGCUGUCACACUGGGGCUGCUGCUCAGCUGUCAGAUCAGCAUCCUCCGGGCAGUCAUGUACAUCAUCGCCCAGUGUGUGGGGGCCAUCGUCGCCACCGCCAUCCUCUCGGGCAUCACCUCCAACCUGCCCCAAAACUCGCUCGGCCGCAAUGACCUGGCCCCUGGUGUGAACUCAGGCCAGGGCCUAGGCAUUGAGAUCAUCGGCACUCUGCAGCUGGUGCUGUGUGUGCUGGCCACCACUGACCGGAGACGACGUGACCUUGGUGGCUCUGCUCCCUUAGCCAUCGGCCUCUCUGUGGCCCUGGGGCACCUGCUGGCGAUCGACUACACUGGCUGUGGUAUUAACCCUGCUCGGUCCUUUGGCUCCGCGGUGAUCACCCACAACUUCAGCAACCACUGGAUCUUCUGGGUGGGGCCGUUCAUCGGGGGAGCCCUGGCAGUGCUGAUCUACGACUUCAUCCUGGCCCCGAGAAGCAGUGACCUCACAGACCGCAUGAAGGUGUGGACUGGCAGCCAGGUGGAGGAGUACGACCUGGAUGCAGACGACAUCAACUCCAGGGUGGAGAUGAAGCCCAAAUAGAAGGGCCUGCCCUAAGCAUCCAUGUGGGGGGCAGGGGCAGGGACGGGCAGAGGGAGGGGAGGGCUAAAAUUCAUAUUGUAGACACUCUGCCAAGCUGGCCAACGUCAGUCCCCGAGGUUUGCCAAACCUGCAUGGUCAGGCCUCGUUGGAGGUGUUUCUCUCACUUUCUUUCUUUCUCCAUUUCCUGGGCCUCAAAGCUUCCUGGGGACCAAGAUUCGCUAAUUCACCCCUCCCUGUUGUCACUGAAGAAGUGAAAGAGAGGGACCCAUCUGCUGUUGUCCCCUCAGAGUGUGUGGGGAGGUGUGCCAGAAAGUCUCCCCUCACCCCAAAGCUAGUUGCCAACUCGCCUGCCACAGGGGCCUGAGGUCCCACUGCAUUGCUUUAGUGCCUCUGGUCAAUGCCCUCCCUCCCUGCCAGGUACUGGCCCCAGGAAUGCUUGAGGGAAAGAGUGGGCAGAGGGGUGCAGGUAGCAGACAAGAUUAGCCCCUAAGUUUGGCUUGCUCCCAGGGCACCUCCCACCCCCAAGAGUUGCUGCAUGACUUGGAGUUAUCCCUGACUCAGGGCUUCGGUGACCGUCAUCUGUAAAGUGGUAGGGACAGGGAGGACUGCGUAGAUUCUGAACGUGUAAAGUACCACAGGUUCCAGAAGGCAUGGCCAAGACCAGUGCAGCUCCACCCACUUGUCCUGGGCUUUUUCCCCAGCUGCAUUCACAUCUGUGUGCCUGUGCACUCUUAUUCUGGAGCAGAGAUAGACAGAUAGCCCAGGUGGUUGAAGGUGCCUGUUCCCUGUGGGGAGUGGGGGCCUUCCCUAGACAGGGCCUGCUGUUGUAGAGUAAAGGCCAUUUGGAGGGCGAAGGAAGGACCCUGAUGUUCCCUCACUGAGGCUUAGUUGGUCUUCCUAUCUAUCACAGAAUGAACUUCAACAUUAUUCCAGCACAGACCUAGGACACCAUCGUGUGGGUGUGUUUGAUAAAGGGCGCUUGGGUUAUCUGAGGCCUCAAACCUGAGGACAGAAAGAUUCUGAUGUGAAUCAGUCUAUGGUGACAGGUGCCCUUUGCGGGGGUUCCAAGCUUGGUACUGAUCCUGAGCAGGGAAGAACAUCUCCUAUACCUGCUCUUGAGGCCCUGGCUGGAGCCAUCUGGGGCAGCUGAGUGAGCUGCUCAGGCUUGUUGUGUGACCCUCAGGCCAUAGCCUUCUUUCCUCAUUGACCUAGAGGGAAGAGGUCGGCCUUGACCUGAUGAGGUAGCAGCUGGCUGAUGAGCAUCCCAGGUGCGGUUCAGAGCAGAGUCACCCUGGGGACUGAUGUCUCCCACUCCACUCUACAAAUCUGAAAGUCCGCUGGAUUCCAGCAGGCCAGAGCAGCUCCACUACUGUGCCACAGCCAUGAGGCCAACAUACGCCGAGAGACACAACCACAAGCACGCAGAAGUUUAGAAGCAGGAGGUGAAUGGGACCCCUUAGUGGUCACCAGCAUAUCACAUCCUCACGCUCUCUUCUCCAUUAUGUAGCGGGAACUUCCAGCCUAUUUAGCAGAUAAGGAAACUGAGGCUCAAGGUCCCACAGCUAGAUCAAGAUUUGGCCAUUCUACCAACCAAGGCCAUGCCUGGCUCCUCCCCGGACCGUGAGGUGAACUCUUCUCAUUCUCAGUUUCUCAGUUUGUGCCUGGGCAAUGGCCAGGGGCCAAGGAGCAGGGAGGUUGUGAUGGAGCAGGAGGGGCAGACCCAGCCCUGCCUGGUUCUGGCUGCUGUGUCCCAGGACCCUGCAUCUGUCUGCUCAGCAUUUAUGUCUCUUUGGAAUUGGAAUUUUAUUAUAUGUUAAGAAAAUAAAGGAAAAUGACUUAUAAUGUC